GAAUUAGUCUUUCCACAACUUCUAGAGAAAACGAAAAAGGAAAGGAAGAAGACAAAGAAGGAAAAACGGUUAGCGAAGUAGGAAGGGAAUCAGAUGAUGCGCGCUUAAACGUAACGCGACGUUGAAAUUUGGUCAACCAAUCCACCUUUACAACUCCCUUUCAUUACCUUCAACUCUUCAUAAAUACUCUUCUCCUCAAACUCAAUAUUACAAUUUCAUCACAAUUUUCUUCAAUUUCCCCUUCAUUUGUUGUCAAUUAUCAAAUCAAUUCAAUCAUCAUGUCUCAGACUGUUGUUCUCAAUGUUGCCAUGUCAUGCCAAGGCUGUUCUGGAGCGGUGAAGCGAGUUUUGGACAAAAUGGAAGGUGUUGAGUCAUACGAAAUCGAUAUGAAGGAGCAAAAGGUGACUGUCAAGGGCAAUGUACAACCAGAAGCUGUUCUGCAGACUGUCUCAAAAACUGGAAAGAAAACCUCAUUGUAUGAAGAAGCAGCCCCAGCUGAAUCGGAAGGAAAAUCUGUAGAAACUGAAACAAAGCCUGCUGACGAAGUUGAUGCUGCUUAAUAUGGUUAGUCCCAUGGCAGACUGAAAUAUAACCAUGUUUAAUAGAUAAAACUUGUUAUUUUGUAAGUUUAAUGUUCCUGGAUUCUGGGUCUUUUGUAGAUCUGUAAUCAAUAACUGAACUGUGGUUGCCAAUGCAGUUCUGCUCCACUAUUGUAUCGCACAAUUAAAUAUGCAUUUCUGCAUUGUGAAUUGUGACAUCGUAUUUCAGUAAAUGUCGACUAUAAUUGUGCUCUAU